GAGAGAGAGAGAAAGUAGGAGAGAAAGAAAAGGAAGGAAGCCCAGCACCGCCAGCCCCCAAGCUCUAACUUGUUUCAGUCCCUUCAUCUUUGUCUCUUCCUAGCUUCAGGGAAGUAACUGUGGAGACUGCUCUCAAGCUUUUCUCAUACAGGUCUUUCUGUGUUUUUCCCUGAGAAGAUGAAGCUCCCAGGAAUUCCUCCCAUAGGCCUUGGGCUUCUCCUUGUGAUGGCCACUCUUCCAACUGGAACUGGGCAAGAACGGAAAGAACCAGGAGAGUUUGUGAAGCAGGACAUUGGCGGGCUAUCUCCAAAGCAUGGUCCAGAUAUUCCGGAUGACAGUACUGACAACAUUACCAUCUUUACCAGGAUUCUGGACCGUCUGUUGGAUGGCUAUGACAACCGGCUAAGACCUGGGCUCGGAGACACUGUCACUGAAGUCAAGACGGACAUCUAUGUGACCAGUUUUGGCCCUGUCUCUGACACAGACAUGGAGUAUACCAUCGAUGUGUUCUUCCGGCAGACCUGGCAUGAUGAGCGUCUCAAAUUUGAUGGGCCCAUGAAGAUUCUCCCACUCAACAACCUCCUGGCUAGUAAGAUAUGGACCCCAGAUACCUUCUUCCACAACGGCAAGAAAUCUGUGGCCCAUAACAUGACCACACCCAAUAAGCUGCUGAGGCUGGUGGAUAACGGAACACUUCUCUACACAAUGAGGUUGACCAUUCAUGCCGAAUGUCCCAUGCACUUGGAAGACUUCCCCAUGGAUGUUCAUGCCUGCCCACUGAAGUUUGGAAGCUAUGCCUACACGAAGGCUGAAGUGAUCUAUUCCUGGACUCUUGGAAAAAACAAAUCUGUGGAAGUGGCCCAGGAUGGCUCUCGCCUGAACCAGUAUGACCUGCUAGGCCACGUCGUUGGAACUGAGAUUAUCAGAUCUAGUACAGGAGAAUAUGUCGUCAUGACAACCUACUUCCACCUUAAACGCAAGAUUGGUUACUUUGUGAUACAGACCUACCUACCCUGCAUCAUGACUGUCAUCCUGUCCCAGGUUUCUUUCUGGCUUAAUCGGGAGUCUGUCCCUGCUCGUACAGUCUUUGGGGUCACCACUGUCCUCACUAUGACCACCCUGAGCAUCAGCGCCAGAAACUCUUUACCUAAGGUGGCAUACGCGACGGCCAUGGACUGGUUCAUAGCCGUCUGUUAUGCCUUUGUGUUUUCUGCGCUGAUUGAAUUCGCCACUGUCAACUACUUCACCAAACGGAGCUGGGCUUGGGAUGGCAAGAAGGUGAUAGAGUCUCAGGAACAGAAGAAGAAAGAGCCGAUGACCUUGGCCAAGAAAGCAAACAACACCUACAACAUCGUGGGGACCACCUAUGCUCUCAACAUUGCCAAGGACCCUGGCCUUUCCACCAUCUCAAAGAGUGCUGCAGCCACUGCUACCGCCUCAGGGGCAGCUAUCUCCCCACCCAAGACACCCCAUGUGGUAGAGAGUCCCCCUGAAACCAAGAAGACCUACAACAGUGUCAGCAAGGUGGACAAGAUCUCCCGCAUCAUCUUUCCUGUGCUCUUUGCCAUCUUCAAUCUUGUCUACUGGGCCACAUAUGUCAACCGGGAGUCAGCCAUCAAGGGCAUGAUCCGGAAACAGUAAAGCCACAGUUCCACCCACUUCAUUGCCAAGAAGCAUCCCAGGAGACAAUGGCCAUGGGUCUGCACCCAUUCCCUUCUGAACAUAUAGGCUUUGCUUUAGAAACAUCAGCCAAGUUGUGACUCUUUCAUUUGGCUCACUUCAGGCUGUCAACUUCAAAAAAUGUCAAUAAGGAAAUCUGCCUCUAACAUUGGGAGUCUGCCCUCCAUCAGUACCAUUUGCUGCUACCAGUCUUUCGGUUCACUAGCUUCCCCAUCUUGCCCACUCCCCUCAGCCCUGCUAGUCCUCAAAAGAAAGUCAGUGUGCACAUUCCCAUGGUUCCAUGCUAACAUCCUACAGUUGUAUAUACCUCUAUGAGUAUCCCCACCCCAUACCUAGUCACCACGUAUUCACCAUGGAGUACUUUGGCUGCCCUUGGUACUCCAAGGUGAUGAAGCAGUACUUGGGGGCCUAGGCCAGACUCAUUAGCCUCAUGGGUGUAUUUAACUGAAAUUCCAUAAUGGGGAUAAACAACAGUUGGAUUCUCAUACUAUCUCAUCUCGUGUUGUUUCUUCUCAAGCCUCCCUUCAUGCCACAGGGGUCACUGUAGGUUACCAGAGAUCCUGGGCUGUGGAAAUAGGAGAAUAAGAGUGUCUGAAGAACAGAACCACCAACUCCUGGGCCCUGGCCAUGCCCACUUGUUUUCCCAGCAACACCAUCUCACCCUGGCUGCCCUAAGUAUGGCCUGCAUGGAGAGAAGUGACUGGCCUCACCUGGCUGUCCACCGCCCUUCUGCAUGUCCUCAAAAAGCAUACCAUGUGUGCUCCUAGGAAAACUUCUUUCCCUGGGAGCCCUGGUAGGAUCCUUCCUCUGUUUGCCUUGCACUUACCUGGAGGCAUCGAUUUGUCUGGCCUUAUUGGCUCCUGCAAAUAUUUUUUUAGUCCCCAAAUUCUCUCCUGCAAAUUCUUCAGAAAGAGAAUCAAGUAUUUUUUUCUUGAAGAAAGCAAAACCAAGACUACCACCAAGGAAAAGGCACUCUCCAAAGACAAAAGAAAUUAAAAAUGAAACUGACAAGAUAAGGAGCCAAAAGCUUGGGGUAGGGUGAGAUGCCAAUCAGAUGGACUGGUAGGGCUCUGAAAGGUUCUUCUGGUUUAGGUUGCUAAAGCCUCAAUGCUGUUCUCCAAGAUGAACAUGACCCAUCCCUCAUCAAUCAGACUCUUCAUAAAGCAGCCAGAAGCCAAGGGGGCUUGUGUAACUUGGAGAGCCUUUUCCUGUGGAGAGGGCAACCAGCUAGAUGACAGGGCUCCCCAGAGUUCUGUCUCAGGUUGCUGAAGCCUCCACCUUCUCCAGUUUCUCUAGCCCACCCCUGCCAAAUCAAACUGCCUGCUGAGACAAGAAACCAGCAGCUGAGGGGGCAGAGGGUUGUAGCUUUGAAGUCACCCUUGGAGUGGGCAACCAGCUAACUAGAUUAAGUCCUACUUGCUAUCCCAACAUGCUGAAGGCUCAACCUUCUCUCUAGCCAGCAACACCCACUCAGACUCUCUGUGAAGACAAGAAGCCAGAAGCCAAGGGGGCUAUUGACAUCUGGGAAGGAUUCCUGUGGAAAUGGAUCCAUCAGAUGGAUAAUCAGGAUGGCUGACUCCAAGGAAUGCUGCUGUUCCGGGCUGCUGCCCCUGUACUGAGGUUCUCUGGUCCUCAACACACUGAACCUCCUGACUUGGGCAUUGUCAUCAAGGUAGCCCCAAAAUGAAGCCUCCUCCCCCAGACCCCUCAUUUUGCCUCAUUGCCAUUAAACGGUUAGUCUGCAUGUUCUUUAGAUUGGGAGAUCCCAGAAUGGGGCUUUUGAGUUCUGGCUGUCUUUUUAUUUCUUGUCCUUCCCAUCCCUUGCCCCUCAAUCCUAGAACCCUGGGAUCACCCAGAUGAAAAACCGACUCUUCCUUUUUCCCAAGUCAGGGCAUCAUGGAGGUCAGAAAUCCCAAGAAGAAUAAAAACUGAUAGGGACGGAGGGAAACCCUAAAAAACUGUAUUCAGUGGAAGAUGUAAUGAGAAUAAAAACUGUCUACUUGAAAGCCUACCUAGAUUCCAAUCCCUCCCACACUGAUUUCAGAUUGACUCAGGGCCUCCAUUGUAGCCACCCCUCUCUGCCUCCCUCUUUGUAACCAAACUGGGGACAAUUUCUUACUCUCCUCCCUGCCCUGGCCCCCCACUUCUCUCCAGUGAAGCCUAUCAGCCUAGGGCACCUUCUCCCCAUGGAAAUCUCAAGGUCUUCCUCCAAAUGAGCAGUCACCUGCCCUGCAUGACUGGCUGGGAUGUGACCUUUUCAUUCCCUCCACAUUUAUCACAGAGGGUCAGAGCCUCAUUUGGUUAAAUGCCAUUGUCCUGCAUCCUGUGCAUACUGAUGUGUCUGCAGCCUGCAGGAGACAAGAUCCACCUGGAUUCCAAGGGAAUGGAGGACUCAGAGUGGGAAAACACCAGGGAUGAGUAUAUGCAAGGGGAGGGAGGAACUCUAGGUGGGCAGAAAGAGAAACAGCCUUCCUAUUCUCUCUCAAACCUCAAUAAAAUGAGCAAAGGGGGGAACUAAUGGAAGGACCUGCCUGGAUAUUAAAAUCAGAAGCAGAGCCAUCCUGAGAAGCACAUUGCCACCCCUUCCUUCCCCUAGUCCUUUUAUCACUAAUUCUCCCAAUAGCUCCAUGGAGCUUGUAGGGAUAGAGAGAGAAUCUUUCGUUUUUAGAUCAGGACCAUCUUAAGAGGUGCUGUUACUCGUGGCUAAGGAUGAGAAGUUGGUUUUGGCAGAAGGCAGGAUUCAGAUAGUGGUCAGGAAAUUCUAGGAGGAGAGGAAAGAGUGAAAAAGGAAAGGACAGGCACACAUAUGGAGUGCCACCUAAAGAAACAGUAGUUAUGGUUCUCAUCCAACCAAUAGCACAGCCAUGACUUAGAUUUCUGUUAAUAUGGCUGAUUAUUUGAAUAGAAUAAUAUGACAAGCAUUUAUUAAGAAGCUACUCUGCGUCAGGUACUGCACUAGGUACAAAGGAUAUAUAACCCAAUACAAACAUAGGAAGAGGCUCUGCUUGGCUAAGACCACCAGGGACCACGAAGGUUUUUAAUUUGCCAGGGAUAUUCGAUUUUCAGAACAAGAAACCAGGCCCAGCCAAUAUACUCUUUGGUACCUGGGAAUCUUGAAAAACAGUGUUAACUCAAGGUUAAGGUAUUACUUAAUCUAACCCAUAAUCAAAGCAUAAGGUCUUACUUGAACUAACAAAUGAUUAUCCUUCCCAAUAGAAUUGUAAACAAAGCUAUGAGUCCUGUCUUCUCUGUCUAAUGGUUCUUCCCAGCAGAGAACAUUAUCCUUAGUUGUAACAUGUGUAUGCAGUAUGUGUGGCGUGUGUGUGUGUGUGAGAGAGAGAGAGAGAGAGAGAGAGAGAGAGA